AUGGAGACAGAACUUCAAAAUUGGAAAAACAUUUCCAAAAACUGUCAAGAUGUUGAAGAGCGGCGACGAUCCAAUGCAUUUAUUCGCGCCAUUGAUCCAGUCGUUCAUGAAGUACGAGCGUUGGAAACUCUUCGACUUAGAGACAUGGAAGAUUCAGCAAAUAGCAUUCUAGGUUGUAUAGACGACCUUUGGAAACUCGACGGCUACAAAUAUCCGCAAGAUCGAAUGGAGCAUCUCCUUGGCAUAACUAGUUCGUGCUUCACAGAAGCAAUUGCCAAAAAACUUAAAAACUCUUUGAUUUGGAAGCAGAAUUCUACUGAAGCCCAUUUGCAUUUAUCCUUGGCAUUGACUCCUUGCAAUGUGUGGAUUAACGAAUGCCAUCGAAUGACUUCACUUUUCUGGAAAAAUGACACAUACCAUCCUUGGAAAGGAGACGCUUUUCUGCCGCUGACCGUGGUUAAACUACAAGACCGCUUAAAUCAGAUCAUUUCCAUACUCCAAGUCAUUCGACUUGCAGGACAAUUACUACCGCCAUCCAAGCAGGAUUUGUUGGACCCUAAAUUUUUAUUUGAGGGUUUUUACGCAUUAGAUGGAAAUCCUUCACCAAAUUCGAUGCUGGACAACGCGGCAUGGAAAGCUGCCAUAACUCAGUUUAACGAUAAUUUUGCCCAAGGCGAAAAAGAAGCGGGUUUUGCCCUCCGACACCGUCUCCUUUCAUCAUCCAGUGGCGAUCCAACCACGCUACUGAAUUCGCUUCUUGAGUUUAAAGAAUUGGUUCAGCGGCCUCGUAUACGGCGUGAAUUGGAAUCAGAGGGACAAGCGCUCAUGAACUAUACCAAAACUUGGCUACAUAAAUUAAGGUUGGACUUAGCAUCAGCUAAGUCUAAAAUCAAUUCAAAUUCAUCAGCACAAAUGUCAGACACGCUAGGAGAAAUCAGAUCCAUUCGUCAGCUGGAAAUUCAGGUAAGCAACAUACAAAAAGCUGUUCAGAUUUUUUCCGAUGAUAUGGAGGAAGCCAGCAAUUUGGACAAAGAAGCACGCAAUUUACUUUCGGAAAUACAAGAUCAAACUAACGACAUUUUUGACGAUUGGAGUAGAAACGUUUUGGCAGGAAUUCGUGACGAGUCAUUAAGCCUUUCAAGCGACACGCCCGUCAUGUCAUUCAAUGAGAAAAAAUUGAUGAUAAUCAAUUAUGAUCCACGUUUGCUAAAUUUUAUCGAAGAAGUCCGCUUGUUGACAUCCAUGGGUUUUAAAAUGGCUCCACAAAUAACACGAAAUGCAAAAUUAGCAGAAGAUUUCAUGCAACAGGCAAAGGAUUUGGAACAAAUUGCUACUUUCCACAACAAUAUUGGCGAUAGCAUGAUGCCUUGCUUGAAACCACUGAUGUUGGAAGCUGCCAUCGGACUAUCUUCUUUGGUUCAAGAUCAAAAUGUGGUCACAUGGUCGCAAAUAGAUAAUGUCAACAGCUACAUUCGUCGACUCCAGCAGGCUGUACAGAGGUUAACUGCCCUGAACCAACAAUUAACGAUGUGCCACGAAAAAAUCCAAGAAAAGGUUUUGACAUUAUUCGGCAUCAAUCUUAUGACACAGCAACAACAAUGGAAAGAUAUCUUGAGGGAAAUCCGAUUACUUUUUGGAACUGUGGAAGCACAAGGUUUUCACAAUUCGUACGCAUGGCGUUUGUAUUGGGACUAUCAGCUCUAUAAAGCCGUGGAAUGCCAAUACUUGUUACACUUGGACGAAUUACAUCUGAACGUGCCAGAUAUCCACAUCGAACUUGAUUUCAAGAAACAAAAUUUGCAAUUCAAGCCAGCCAUCGAAGACAUACGAAGGGAGUAUUAUGCAAGAUUACGAAAAUUUCUAUCUCUUCCGAUCCAUUUCAAAGGUUUCCUGGAACAGCCUGGGGCUCCCAAUAUAUUUCCAAAAAUUGUCAAAAACCACUCUAGCCAAUUUAGCCAGGUGUACGCUGCAUCGGGCAAAAUAUUUAAAGAAUUGGAACAGUUUAAGGAACAAUUCAAGAUUUGGAUUGCACCAGCGCUUGUUGACCUAGACACACUGGUAGAACAUGAACUGAGCGAACCGCAGGAUUGGGAUCUGACAUUCCAGGAAGCCAAAAAAAAGAAAGAAGAAAUGUCGAAUUUAUCCAGUGAUGACGAACGCGUUGGAUGCUUCGUGAUCAGUCUUGCUCCACUUCAUCGGGAGAUUGAAUAUGUCCAACGCCGCUACUGGGAUGCCAUAACUUCUUCCCUUUACACGUCCAUUCAUAGAGACGCGACAGCCAUCGACACUUUUAUAGCUAACGCUACCUUGGUGCUCAAUGUUCAGUUAAAUGAUUUCGAAGAAGUUACUCAAGCCAGCAGCGAUUUCAACGGUUUGCUCCGCACGACGCCAGAAAUGAAACACUUAAUGAAAAAAGCUGAAACUAAAACUGAAAUAUUGUCACGAUGGACGCAAGAUAAUGUUGAAAUUUUCAGCCAAGUUUGCGCCAAAUGGGAACACUUUAACACUCUGCUUUCUCGUCAUAAACAAGACAUUAACCAACAUAUGGACAGUCUGAAAUCCAACAGCCAAUCUCAAAUAAUGCAGUUUACCUCUGAAAUCGACCAGUUUCAACAGCGAUGGCAGCAAGAACAUGCCUCGACCAAAAUAGAUUUUACUAAUUUGGAUUAUCAUUUGAAAUUGCUGCAAAGGAGUCGUGGUGAAUGGGACGCAUUAAUGCAGAAUCAGAAGCGAUUGAAUGCCAAUUUGGAGAAGGUUGGAGAAAAAGCAGUCGAAUUGACCGUAAUAACUGAUAUUGAAGCUGAAGUCACACGACAGGAAAAGAUCUGGAAUCUCUACCAAUCAUUCAACGAAGGGUUGGGUGAAAUGAGCCGAGAAGAAUGGUCAACGUCGCGGAACAAAAUUGCAAAACUGGAUGAAUUCCUGGAGACCUGGAUGAAUAGACUAAUGGAGUCCGAAGAUCAACAUCCAGUUAUCGAUUGGCUCAAGAAUCAAAUUGAAGAAUACAAGGCUUUCAUUCCGGCGCUGAAACUGGCGCGUGGUGAAACUUUUACCGAACGCCAUUGGGCAGAAUUCUUGAAAAUGGCAGGGUUAUCGUUAAAUGGUAUUGAACAGAUUGUGCUUCACGACCUUCUUCAAGCGCGAAUGACUUUGUUACAUAAUUUGAACGAGCUGAAAGAAUUAAACAGCCGAGCUGCGGGGGAAUCAUUGGUUAGGCAAGCUCUUGCUGAACUGGAACAAUGGGAAGUGGAAUCGCACUGGACACUAGCUCAGCAUUUUGAUUCAAAUGGCAUUCAGCUCUUCAUUAUCAAGGAAUUUAAAGAAUUGCUCAACAAGGUAGGAGAAAAUAUGAGCCUUAUCCAGUCUGUCAAGGAUUCGUCGUAUUACCAGGCGUAUAGCGACCGAAUAAUGCUAUGGGAAAACAAAAUGACAGACUUGGACUUUUAUCUUCGUCUUCUUAGCCAAAUUCAACUCAAGUGGCUCUAUUUGGAACCCGUAUUCAACCGAGGAACCUUACUCAAAGAUGCCGGUCGCUUUCGCCGCCUCGACGCUGACUUUCGAUUCAUCAUUACCGAAAUAAAACGGGAUACAAGAGUUACGUCUGUAUUACGCAUAACCAAUUUACGUGUCUUGGUCACUAGUUUGCUUGAUCAAGUUGGUCGAUGCCAAAAAAGCCUUUUCGAAUUUUUAGAGGACAAGCGUUCCAAAUUUGCCCGCUUCUACUUUUUGGGUGACGAAGAUCUGCUAGAUAUUGUCGGUCAGGCAGCCUCCAGGCCUGCCGUAGUGCAACCUCACCUCAAGAAACUUUUCGCCGGCAUUCACAAUGUCCUUUUUAGUAACGAUCAACGCCAUAUCGUUGCCAUAGCAUCGCUGGAAGGUGAAAGAGUCGAAUUGAAAACACCGAUAUCAGUGGAAUCCGAACCGGUCGAGGUUUGGCUCAAUCGGUUGGUAUCGGAAACACGUUCCACACUGCAAUCUAUGCUGCGCAAUUGUGUGCAAGAGCGCCAGCGAGACGCUACCGACCUCUCACGUUUUCCAACGCAGAUCCUUUGUUUAGCCGAAGCCAUCGUUUUUACUGAACGCUGCGAAAAAGCUAUGUCCUCCUCCGGUGGAUUAUCUAAACUCAAAAGCGACUACCAGAAUCAAUUAGCAAGUUAUACCAGUGCUCCGCUGUUGCAAAGUAGUGGUUCCGAUGAACAGGGGGUUAUUGUGAUAAAGCUACAGGCCCUGAUAAUGGACAUCAUUCAUUAUAUCGACGUGAUCAAGCAGAUCGUCGAUGCGAGGUGUUGCUCCAUUACAGACUGGGCAUGGAAGAAACAACUGAGGUUUUACUUAAAGAAUGGCGUAGCCGUAGCUCAAAUGGCUAGCACCGAAAUUGAAUAUACCUACGAGUAUCAAGGCAACGUAGCGAAACUGGUGCAUACACCGUUAACGGAUAAAUGUUACCUCACCUUAACACUAGCCUUGCGCAUGGGAUUAGGCGGAAAUCCUUAUGGCCCUGCUGGAACGGGCAAAACGGAAUCAGUCAAAGCUCUCGGUUCUCUGCUUGGACGUCAAGUGUUGGUUUUUAAUUGUGAUGAGGGAUUGGACGUUAAAUCAAUGGGACGUAUCUUUGUUGGACUGGCCAAAAGCGGAGCUUGGGGCUGUUUCGACGAAUUCAAUCGCCUUGAUGAGAACACCCUUUCGACUGUCUCUACCUUAAUCCAGGCUAUUCAGCUAUCACUCAAAAAUAAAACAGACGUUGUUACGCUACUCGACACACAGGUUGACAUAAACCCACAUACUGGUAUAUUUGUAACGCUCAAUCCGGCCGGUAAAGAAUACGGAGGGCGUCAGAAGCUUCCGGAUAACUUGAAAUUACUCUUUCGUCCGGUAGUCAUGUCUGAGCCUGAUAUCGAAUUAAUCGCCGAGGUUAUCUUGUACUCGCAAGGUUUUCGGGAUGCCCAGACUAUCGGUAAAAAGCUAGUUGACGUCUUCCGCCUUGCGCAGAAACUUCUAAGUCGACAACAACAUUAUGACUGGGGCCUCAGAGCGUUGAAGAGUGUCUUGCGAACAGCAGGUGAUGCAUUGCGGACAUCGUUGGCGACGGGCAACUCGGAUGAUCAAGUUGAGUACACGACAGUAGUGCGGGCCCUUAAUUUCAAUACGCUCUCCAAGUUAACUACGGCUGACUCGGCUUUGUUCCUCGGUCUGGUGUCUGAUGUCUUUCCAAAGGCUCAGCAAAGCAACGAUGUCAUGCAUGUCCAGUUGGUGGAUAUUAUAACCACUUGUUGCCAAGAAAUGGGAUUGGUGCCAUUAGAUCGCCAGUUGAAAAAGAUUUUUGAAGUCUAUGAGCAAGCGAAACAACGAAUGGGGGUCGUGAUUGUAGGGCCACCUCAAACUGGAAAAUCUACCGUGUGCGCCAUUCUGAAAAAAGUUUUGCAGCAUCAAAAACGUAAACUUCAGGCUUACACGAUGAAUCCUAAAGCCAUCAGUCGCGUCCAUCUUCUAGGUCUGAUUGAUCCAGCAACUCGAGAAUGGACUGACGGUGUUCUCACUAAAAUUGCCCGGUUGAUCGUUUCAGAAACGGAGACUACAUCUUGGGUGGUAUGCGACGGAGACGUCGAUCCGGAAUGGAUCGAAGCGCUGAAUUCUGUGCUCGAUGACAACCGCUUGUUGACUAUGGCUUCAGGAGAACGCAUCAAAUUUGGCCCUGAUGUCAAUUUCAUGUUUGAGACACAUGACUUGACUUAUGCCUCACCAGCUACCAUUUCUCGAAUGGGUGUCGUCUACUUUAGCGAGGAUGACAUGGAUUUCCACAUUGUCGUUCGCAGUUGGCUUCUAGAGCAGCCAGAUGAAGUGCAGAAGUCACUGCAUUCACUAAUUGAUAGUUAUUUCUAUAAAGCCGUUGAUUGGCUGUCUAAGAAUGGCGAAGCUGUUGUUCCGGUAUCUACUUUAACUACUAUUCGUGGAAUACUCAGCCAACUGAAAUUUUGCAGAACCAAGAAACAAUUCGUGAACGGUCUCCUUAAAGGAGGUGGCGCUAAUCUAACCGUUCAGUCCCGCAGUUCUUUCGGACAAAUGAUUUUAUCCAUGUGUGGGGAGAAGACGCCUGACAUGGAAAACCCUUUUCUGUCCACUUACGAUGCUAAACUCGAUGCAUUGGUUAUUCCUAAUCCCGGUGAGUUGGACAAUACGCAAUGGAGUGACGAACAAAAGCUAUUAGUGCCUACAACCAACUUACAAGUAGCGUACCAGAUGAUCCAGCCAUGGUUCAACAACAAAGAGCACGUACUUGUUGUGGGCCCAGAAGCCUGCGGAAAAAGUUUGCUUGUAGAACACUGCCUAAGACAGAUCCGAUCUACACGUGUAGUCAUCUUUAAUUGCACAGCUUCGACGACGCCACAAGAUGUUUUGCAUAAACUGCUUCAGAACUCAAUCAUCGUUUCGAGCUCAAACGGACAAAUGCUCGUUCCCAGAGAGGCAACAUUAUUGAUUCUCUAUAUGAAAGACCUGAAUAUUGUCGUGCCAGAUAAAUGGGGAACCUGCCAGCUCACUGCCUUCUUGGAACAGAUAAUCAACUAUAAAGGAUGUUACGACAACAACUGCGAGUGGUUGAUUAUGGAAAAUAUCCAACUAGUAUGCACUUUUAAUUUGGAUCACUCGCAAGGCCGUUUUCAACUUAGUCCUCGGUUCAUCUCACUACUGCGCGUUGCAGCCAUAGGAGAGCCACUAUUAAAAGAAUUGGAGAUUCUAACGUCCAGCUACGUAAGUGCAUCAUUGAAACAAGGAAAAGCGAUGGUUGCCAAAUCCGUGCUCCAGAAAAUGUCUUCGUUCAUGGUCUUUUUUAAUGGAGAGAUGAAACGCAAUCUUGUUCCCGCAAACAAUUUUCAAAUUCUUUUCACGACGAGACAUUUAACUAAUUGGGCUGAAAAUUUGGCACGUUACGAAAUCCGCUGGGAUGAUACCAAUGCAGUCGUAAUGACAUUAGGGUAUGAAGCGUGCAGGAUUUAUCGUGACAAGUUGGUGACUAAUGAGCAACGUACUCAGUUCGAUGGCCUGCUGAAUCAGCUUUUCAAUGAAGAAUGGAAAAUGUCACCUUUGACACCUGGAGGAUUACUUUUUACCACCUGUCGUUCGAAAAAACAAGGACUCGUUCCAGUGACAGUGUCAGAGUGGGAUAAAAUAAUGAGGAAAACUCUCGAACAAUACGGAAGAGAAAACGAGCCGCUGGAUAUUGAAAUGCUAACGGAACUUCAACAAACGGUCCUUCGCGCUGAUAGGGUAUUGAGCAAUCCAGAUGGCCGCUCUCUAUUGUUAAUUGGAAGAUCAGGGGUCGGUCGCCACACAACCCUCAAACUGUUGUCUAUCAUGCACCAUGCCCAAGUGAUGACUCCCUAUCCGGGCAGAAACUACGGACGGAAGCAAUUCAUCAACGACUUGAAAUUGGCCAUGCACGCAGCUGGUGUCGAUGGCGAGCUCGUCUAUUUCGUGCUGGAAGAUCAUCAUUUCACCGAUGCAAGUUUUUAUGCCAUGAUUGAUUCUUUAUUGGCUUCAGGAGAGGUGCCAGGGAUGUACAGUUCUGAAGAAAGCGAUGCGCUUCUGGCUCCCCUGAAGGAAUUAGCAGCUGAUGAAGGCUACUCCGGCAGCCUUUUCUCCUUUUACGCCCAGCGUGUGAGAAAAAGAUUGCGCGUCAUCUUCGUUAUGGAUUGCGCCCAAACGGCCUAUGAGACUGUCGUGGAGACUCACCCUUCCAUGUACAAAUACAGCGACGCUAUUUGGAUGGAAAAUUGGACAAAAACAAGCAUGAUGGCCGUGGCUUCAAGAAUUCUUCUCAAGGAUGAAAGAGCUGAGAAAGAACUAGAGAAAUCCGUGCAAAUUUACGACAGUCUAGAUCCGUCGUUGAAAUGCCCUCGGCGCUACGUUUCUUUUAUCCAAACGUUUUCUAGUAUCUGUGGCAAAAAGACGCAACGUAUCUCUGAACAGCAAGAACGAAUUCAGACUGGUGUUAGCAAAUUAUCCGAAGCUCGGGAACUAGUCGCUCAGCUGCAAGCUGAAGCUGGCCAACAAGAACAGCUGCUAGCACAAAAGCAAAUGGAAGCUAAAGCAGCCUUGCAAAAAAUCACAGACACUAUCCAGAGCGCGGGAGUCAAACGAGACGAGAUGCAGGAUCUUCGUAGUACAAUUGCUAAUGAGAACGUAGCGUUAACUACCAGAAAGCAGGCAAUUGAUCAAGAACUUGCUGAGAUCGAACCGCUUUUAAUGGAAGCGCGUGCAGCCGUAUCGGACAUCCGCAAUGAAGCGCUGUCUGAAAUUCGUUCGUUGCGCGCACCGCCUGAAGUGAUCCGCGACAUCCUCGAAGGAGUCCUACGGCUUAUGGGAAUUUUAGAUACGUCGUGGACGUCUAUGAAAAGUUUCUUGGCUAAACGAGGAAUCAAGGAAGACAUCAGAUCCUUCGACGCACGGAAAAUAUCGGUUGAUAGCCGACGAGCGGUCGAACAGCUGCUAAACCGCAGGAAAGAAUCCUUCGACGACAGAGUGGCCCGUCGAGCCUCAGCUGCUGCUGCUCCUUUAGCGGCUUGGGUUCAUGCUAAUGUCAGCUACUCCCGAGUUCUGGAAAGGAUCACACCACUGGAACAAGAACAAGCCAAUCUUAGAAGGAAUCUUCAAGCGGCUGAAGAUAACAUGAAUCGUUUAGCAACUGGCUUAAACGACGUGGACAAACAGGUGGCAUUCUUGCGCGAUCAGCUGUCCGUGUCGACUCGCGAAGCCAGCGAAAUUGAAAUCGGCCUCAAGAAAGCCAGACAGACGCUAAGUGUUUCGCAGAACUUGGUGCUCGAAUUGGCGGAUGAAUACGACCGUUGGCGAUUACAGCUUGAAGAACUGGAACAAGAUCGUCAAAAUGUAGCUUUUCACGCUCUGUUGGCGGCUGCCUUCAUAAAUUUUCUUUCGUGUUCCACGGAAGAUGAGAGGAAAAAUUCGCUGUCUCGCUGGUUGGCUCAACUUAAGCUUUCACAACAUGUUAACAUCACCGAAACUAGAAAGGACAAUGAAGAAGUGAUUUUCUCGCUAAAGAAUUUCUUGACUAGCGAACAAGAAUUAAUGCUUUGGCGAUCCGAAGGCUUGGCAGCUGAUGAUUUGGCCGUGGAUAAUGCACUAGCCAUCACGCAAGGCACAUUAUACCCCCACAUACUUGAUGCUACUGGCAAAAGCAUUCAGUGGAUUAUGGCGCAUUAUAAAUCUAUGACUGUCGAAACUACUUCACAAAGAGACGAGCGCUUCGCCAACAUUCUUGAUCUCGCCAUCAGGUUUGGUAAGGUAAUAAUUAUUCAAGACGUCGACGCCAUAGAUCCAAUUCUUUUCCCCGUUCUCCGUAAUGACUACGUUAUUCAAGGUGUGAGAAAACUCGUGCGUUUGGGCGACAAACUAGUUGACUGGAACGACAAUUUUCGGUUGUUUCUCUUCAGUCGGUCGACGGGCUUGGCGCCUAUGGCUUCUCCACAAGCCAACGCUUUGGUAAAUACUAUCAAUUUCAACACUACAGAAGCAGGACUAUCCGAACAGCUCGUCGCAUUGACAGUCAAACAUGAGAACCCAGAACUGGAACAACGCAAAAAACAGCUUCUAGAGCAAGAAGAGCAGCUCAAACUGCAGUUGGCACAGUUGGAAGAGAAACUUCUUCAAACUCUAGGAAAUUCAAAAGGAAACAUUUUAGAAAACACAGAUGUGCUCACAUCACUGAGAGAAUUAAAGCAAUCAAGUGCUACGAUAGGGCAAUCGCUAAAGGAGUCACUUGCAUUACAAUAUUCGUUGGAAAAGGAGAGAUCAACGUAUAACGAAUUGGCUCAGUUUGCAAGUCGUUUGUUUUUCGCCAUUCGAGAGCUUUCGAAGCUCAACCAUUGCUAUCAGUUUUCUGUGCAGGCAUUUAUGCAAAUAUUCCUCAAGAAUUUGGAUUCCAAAAACAUUGAGAAUGGUCCAGAAAAACUGGGCUUUAUUCGACAACGUCUUCUCAAGACAGUAUACACCAUGGUGUCUCGGGCAGUGUUCAAACCAGAUAAAAUGGUGGCCGCUGCUCACAUCGUAAGAGAAAUGUGCGGCCAUAUUUUCCAACCAAACGAAUGGGAAUUGUUUGCUGGACAAAAAUCUGCUAGAGUCCAGUCAAAUCAGAUUCAACGUCCGAGUUGGAUUGACGCAAGUCGUUUGCCCAGCGUGUCGGCAUUAAAAGCGUUUUUUCCGAGCAUAUUCGCGGCCUUACAUCUGGAGGAUACUACGCUGUGGACUAAAUCCAGCACGCCGAUUCCGCCUGCCAUCAGCCAGGCCCUUUCCCCCUUCCAACAAGUGUUAGUUGUCCAAGCCAUUUAUCCUGAGAAGCUGAUAGACGUUUUGACACAGUUCCUCUCCAGGACGUUGGAAUUGACAGAGUUAUUCCCAGCAACAUCAAGCUUGCGAACUAUUUUAAUCGAGACUUCUGCUGCUGAACCUGUUUUGGUGCUGCUGCCUGGUGAUGGCUCAGGUGCUUAUGAUAUGACUGUUGAGCUCGAAGAACUCGCCAGAGACACGUUGGGUGACAAUCGUUUGGUCGAGAUCGCCAUGGGUACCGACGAAACUGAAAAAGCAACCGAGUUCGUGAGACAAGCAGCUCGAAAUGGACAUUGGAUUUGUCUGAAAAAUGUUCAUUUAGUUACUGGUUGGCUACCAGUUCUCGAUCGGCUGAUAAACCAACUUAGUGGCGAGGAAAGCGAUGAUCUCCAUGUCGAUUUCCGUUUGUGGAUGACGGCCGAACCCGUUUCUACCUUGCCACUUUCACUUCUCCAACGGUGCAAGAAAAUAGUCAGCGAGGCACCUCAAGGAAUGAAACGCAACUUGAAUCGAAUUAUGGAAGCCUGGAACUCGAGUACUUUGCCUGAUUCCCCUAUUCACAUGCAGGCGUUGUUCGUAUUAGCAUGGUUUCAUGCUGUUGUUCAAGAAAGAAGAAAUUACGUUCCCCAAGGUUGGCUAAAAAAGCAUGAAUUCAACGAAUCGGAUCUUCGAGCGGCAACUGAAGUCCUUGGGCAGGCUUUCAGAGAAAUUGAUGAUUCGGGUAAUCGCUGGGAAUAUCUCAACGGAUUACUAUUGAACGUCAUUUAUGGUGGUCGUAUUGAUAACAGCUUUGAUCUGAGAAUACUUCGAUCCUAUCUAGCCCAGUACUUUAACGACGACGUCCUUGGAAAAGAAAGAUUCGCUAUUAAUGACGAAAUUACUAUUCCAUUGUCGAAAAGCCUUCGGGACUAUGCAAGGAUUGUUCGCCAUUUACCUGAAACAGACAAAUCAUCAUACUUCGGGCUACCACCUAACAUUGACACGACUGUCCAAUACAAUCACAGUAUUUACUUGUCAGCUUGUUUGAAAGCAUUUUAUCAGGCUACAGCUCAGCACGUCACCGGGGAUGCCAAACUAUUAAUGAACAAGCUAAGCCCCGUUUUCAGUACGUGGAAAUCCCUGUUACAGGGAACAUCGUUCUUGACCAACAAAGACUUGAUUUCAUCACUAUCAGAAACUGUGCAAUCGAGCCCGUUGGCAGCAUUCGUUGUGGCCGAAAGCGCAUUGGCUGUUCGUUUGAUACAUAUUGUACAUCAGUGUCUGGCCGCCAUAAACCGAUCUCUCAAAUCUGGGUUGCCGUUGUCCUUGUCGCUGAUGGAAUCCGCAGUUGACAUUUCUUCGCUGAAGACUCCUAAAUCGUGGUACACUUUGUGGGAAGGACCAUUACAAGUAGAACAGUUUCUUCGUUCUCUUGUGAAACGAGCUCGAUCGCUUACGGAAGAAUGGUUGCCAUCAGUCCAAAAGAGCCAAUUAUUGACCAAGGUUUUAGAUUUAUCAGAGCUAAUGAACCCAGAGGCUUUCUUUAGUGUGCACCGGCAACAUUGUGCAAGAGAAUUGGGAGUUUCCAUGGAUUCUCUACAGUUAUUGGUGUUAUGGGACAAGCCGCCGUUAUCCAAGGGUCAGUUACGGGCAUCUGAUGAAAUCACUGCUACCUUGAACGGAAUACACAUCCAGGGUGCCCGAAUGGCAUCAGGAGUCGGAAUAGAUGAAUGCUAUCCAGACACUCCAUCGUGGAAUUUAAUUCCGCAUUGUUAUUUGUCGUGGUUACCAGAUGAUGAAGUGAACUCUUCUCGGACCAAUGGGUUGCAUACUGUGAAAGUGCCACUGUAUGUUGACGAGGAACGACAGCGCUUGAUUACAGUACUCGACAUACCUUUUGCUUGUGGUAUGGUUGACGACUGGUACAGAGCUGGUAUUGCUCUAUCACUCAAAGAUUGAAUUUUUGGUUUUAGCCUACUUUCUAUCUAUUUCUAUUGGCACAUAUUUUUUCAGCAAUUUAGCAAAAAUUCAUAGACUUAAUUUAUUAAAACAUUUACUUCUUUACCCAUUGGUAUUACCACAAGAUCGAAACUGUUCGCCUACUAUCGUAGGUUCGUCGUACUACAUAUCACCUUU